AGUUGAGUGCUGAGUCUGAUGAUCAACCAGAUGGUUUACAUCAGCUCUCAAAGAGGCUGAAAAAUGUGGUUUGUAAACGUCACGCAUGUAUUGAAUUUCAAGUGCAGUCUUGGGUUCAAUAACAAGAAAAAAACCCAUGCAGCUCAGCACCCGUCUGGCACGACGCAACACUCCACGAGGAUCCUUUCCUAUCAAAGAAAGUGUAUCAUUGCUGGUUUCUUGCUGUGUACAGACAGUCUGAUUUGAAUUUCCAUCCAAAAUACUUUCUUUUUGUGCCGUUUUUGUGUCGAGUGAAAUGACAGCGCUUCGCGUCACUUUUCAGCUCUUGAUUUUAUUCAUUUGCGUGCCAUUUCAUCUGUGCAUCAUUGAUUGGACGCAGCUGGAACAAAAACGAUCGGUGGUGACAUUUAGCAACGGCAAUGUUCUUUCGGCUGAAGUUCCUGGUGAACCGAAUGAAGGCCGUGAUUCUUCCGCAGACAGCAGGCCACGUCAAACUUUGGUCGUCCAUCCAGGGAAGGCUAAACCAUCCGCCAAUGUGGAUAAUGUAUCCAGUGAGCCUGUCACGACGAGGUCUUCACGAGUCUUGACUCCUCCACCGACGACCACACCGAGACCAUCAUUCAGCAACUAUUACGAUUCUGACGGGUGCAUAUUUGCCGUAGAAACACCCUCCUUGAAUACGCAAAAUGAAGCCGCGGCCAAUCUACCGACAACCACGCCCAGAAGCAACGCAGUUUCUAUUGCUCAACGGGCUCCGUUUAGAACGACAACGACAACAACAACCACGACGAUGAGAACUACAGCAAAGUCUUCAGCCUUAGGUUGUCCUAAGCAGAAUGGAUUAUUCCCAUUUGAUGGUGAUUGCCGAAAGUUCAUUAACUGCUGGAAAGGUCGUCCACAUCUCCAAGUUUGUGGUGCGGGAACGCUAUUCAAUGCUGCCACCAAUGAAUGUGAUCACGCCAAUAAAGUAAUUUGCCAAGUGGGUAGAUCAGCACCAGGUACAACACCUCCAUCGAAUGGUCGCCGAUCUCCAACACCAGCAGCUGUGACGACGACAUCAACAACAACUGCUGCGCCAGUUCCGUUAUUAAAAAUAUCUUGCCCUCAGCCUAAAGGAUUUUUUCCUCAUCCGCAUGAUUGCAAAAAAUUUAUCAACUGCUGGAUGGGUCGUCCAGCGGUGCAGGUGUGCGGAGAAGGAACACUUUUCAAUGCAGCUGCAAGGGAAUGCGACCACGCGGCCAAAGUCGUCUGCUUAACGAAUUUAGGAAUGCCACAGACUCUGCCCAACCAUAACGAUCCUGGAAACACAUUUUUUGCAUCGGCUGAGAACGCGCGAUCGUCAAGGCCGGCAGCCCCGGCGAAUAAUCUUGAAUCGUCUUUGUCUAAACCCCGAUUCCAGCCGCCAUUGUCGCCGGAUAGCGGCCAGGUUAUGCGUCUCCGGGGAGGAGCUGGACCCUGGGAAGGUUAUGUGGAAGUGCGUGGAGGUAAAGAUCGACCUUGGGGUCAUGUGUGCGAUACGUCCGAUAGUUGGACUAUACAAGAAGCCAGCGUCAUAUGUCGCCAUCUAGGUUUCGUCAGAGGAGCUCAAAAGUCCAUUCAAGGAUUGGAGUUUGGUCCGUUGACAAUGGAUAAAAUUUUGAUCGAAAAGGUGGAAUGUUCGGGUAGUGAGGCCAACAUCACUGGGUGCAAAGUGGUUGUAGGUUCCAAUUGCCCUUUUAUCCAUGAGCAAGUUGUUGGGGUACGAUGUCAUCGAGAUCCUCAAUCAUUGUGCGCCAAAGACGAACAUUCUCAUGGCAAUGCCUGUUACAAACUAAUAUCAGACGAGAUGAGCACCCGUGAAAGGGCUAGAUCGUUGUGCGAAGAAACCGGAGGAAGCUUACUUUACAUCCACUCCCAAGUUGAAAAUGAUUUCAUUUCCGAAUUACUUACGAGCAUCGCUCCAUCGAUUACCAAGGUGCAUACUGAUGGAAUGGCAAUCAGGGCUCUAAGAAAAGAUUUAUUGGUGUGGGAACACAGUGAGACCGCUAUGAACUUUACUAAAUGGUGGCCAGAAUGGGAUAGAUCGAAAACGGGCAAUCCAGCUGCAAAAGCUACCCCGCAGUGUAUGAUUCUAGUGAAACGUUUCGAGUAUCGCAAUCAAUGCGCUACUUUACCGUAUUUUUUCUGGACGCUGGGCGAGUGCGACAUCGCUGCGGCUGCCGUGUGCAAGAAAAGCCCACGUGACAUUGGCUGUGUCGUUGGAAAUGGGGCCGAUUAUCAAGGAAUGGCCAAUGUCAGCAAAACAGGGAUGCCUUGCUUGGCGUGGAACGAUCCUCGUAUUCGACACGUGUUGGCUAAACCAUCACGAGCUGCUGUCGCAGUGUUGGAUAGUGCUGGAGCCAAAUCUUCUGUAACGGCUACUUCGGGCUUGAAGCAUAAUUUCUGUCGAAAUCCGCAUGGAGAAGCGAAUCCAUGGUGUUUUAUCUCACCUGUGGAAAUGGAAUACUGCGACAUACCAAAGUGUCACGUUCAAGAAAGAGAAGCGGUGCUUGGAAAUAAAUGUAAAGCUAAUCAAUAUAAAUGCAACACGGGAGAGUGUAUUCCAAACACUUGGGUUUGUGAUGGAGCCAUUGAUUGUGAAGGUGGAUCGGACGAAGAUUUGUGCGUUCAACAUAUCAAUGAUUUCACCAAACGCCAAAAUGAAACCAUCCAGCGUCACGACAUAGAAAAAUGGAUGAACACUAAUCUUGAGACGUGCGCCAGGCGAUGCGCCGAAGCCAAGAGCUUCACCUGUUUAUCUUUCAAUCAUUUUGAGGCCCAGUCGGAAUGCGUUUUGAGCGACAGCAAUCGAGGGCUGUCGGGACACAUGAUUCAUUCGCCCGGCUGGACUUACUACGAACGAAAAGUUUAUUCCAUCGACUGCGAGACCAAUCGUUUCGAAUGUCCCAGCGGCAAAUGUAUCAAUCAGACGUCGGUGUGUGAUGGAAGGGAUGACUGUGGCGAUCGGUCCGACGAAAUAGUUUGUCAAUCCCAACUAGAUUUCCAAGUUCGACUAGUUGGCUCCAAUAAGACGAACGAAGGCCGCGUAGAAGUCAAAGUGUUCGGUCAGUGGGGAGCUGUCUGUGAUGACCAUUUCAGCGCCAAUGACGCCAAUGUAAUAUGUCGUCAGCUGGGAUUCCCCUUAGGAGCGAGCCAGGCUCUUUCCCACUCCACUUUUGGGCCGGGCUACCCCAUUUUGAUGGACGACGUCAAGUGCAGGGGAAAUGAAAGCUCUUUGGCUGACUGUCCAUUCGCUGGUUGGGGAGUUCACAACUGUGCUCCUGAAGAGACUGCAGGAGUCAGAUGCAUUUUGACAGAAACAACGUGCACUGAAAAUCAAUUCAAAUGUGAAGAGACAGACGCUUGCAUCGCCAUCGAUUUUCUUUGUGACACAGUCGAUGACUGCGGAGAUCAUUCGGACGAAAAUCGGACCCGCUGCGAUUCUGAACUGCUGGUUCGAUUAGCUGACGGACCUGAUCAGUUUUCCGGACGCGUCGAGAUACGUCGAAGUGGAAUUUGGGGUACCAUUUGCGACGAUGAUUUUGGCCCAGAAGAGGCGGCGGUCAUCUGCCGAAUGUUGGGUUUUCACGGGCCAGCUCAAACGUCUAAGAGUAGCAGCUUUGGCCCAGGUAAAGGACCCAUCUGGCUGGACGAAGUUGCUUGUGGUGGAACGGAAAACACUCUAAUGGAAUGUUCCCGAUUACCCUGGGCCAAACACAAUUGUCGUCACUCUGAAGAUGCUGGCGUUCGUUGUUCUCACCCCAGUACCAGCAGGGAGGUACCAACAGAUGAAACUGAGACGACAACUGUUAGUUCGCUGGUUGAUUUAGUUCAGAUAGGAGCUCUCCCCGUCAAAUGUGGUCUGAGGAUGGUCGAUGACAAUCCCAUGGAUCCAUUAGGUCAGCCUAAAAUAGUCAAAGGAGAGCCAACAAAACCCGGCGCUUAUCCGUGGCAGGUAGGAGUACGAGUAAGGAACAGUGGACGAGGAGAUAAUCACUGGUGUGGCGCCACUAUCAUUUCUGAGCAUUAUAUCCUGACAGCCGCCCAUUGCAUGGAAGACUUUCCCAAAGGUCUCUACGUUUUGCGAGUUGGUGACUACAAUACUGAAGAUAGUGACAUUGAAGAGGAUCAGUUCACUGUGGAGCGAAUGCACUUUCACGAAGAGUUUGGACAGGGAGGACAUUUGAAUAAUGAUAUUGCCCUUAUCCGUGUCAAAUCAAAAGGCAAUCGAGGCAUACGGUUCGGUUCGCACGUGCAGCCUCUGUGCCUUCCAACUCCGGAGACCGCCUACGUUCCAGGAACAAAUUGCACGAUUGCCGGAUGGGGUUCACCUGGUCAACCUGGAGCAGCUUUUGCGAUCAAGUUACAAUCGGCCACUGUUCCCAUUCUGCCGGAUGAAACGUGUAAAGCACCUUACGUUUACGGUCCUGAUCGUAUCAAAGUAGGCAUGUUUUGCGCUGGUCUUCUCGAAGGAGGUGUGGACGCUUGUCAGGGCGAUUCCGGCGGUGGAUUAGUUUGUUUAGUCGACGGCAAACCGACAUUGAUGGGCGUUAUCAGCUGGGGUUUUGGAUGUGGACGUCCUAACCGCCCAGGUGUUUACACACGCGUUGUCCAUUAUUUGCCAUGGAUAUAUUCCAAAUUGGCUGAGACAAGUACUUGAAAAACUAGACAUCAUCCUUUUUGCCUGCUAAUUCACAUUUCUUCUGUAUUUCUCAUAUUUUCGUACCAAGUAUUUUUUAUCGAAGCCUUUUUAAGAACUUGUAAUUCUUUGUUUUUGCUACAGAAUCUUAUUUAAUCCCUCGUUGUUUCCAUUGCUAUCCAUUUUUCUGACGAGAACAUCUCCUUUCUUUCCAAAGUAUGCAAAUGUUCUUUUGUUG